GUCGCCUCAUAGGGAACCCGAUAUCUUCAUUACGUGCAGUAAAGUUCAUCGUUCGAGCUGUUCUCGCCCCUGCAGCGUUUGCAUCCCAUCGCACUCGGAGGAACAUCUCGUCCCAACAUGCCUGCCGUCCGUUUUUGUCCCCCGCCGUCGCUGGACUCGUUCGGAAUGUGCGAGUAUUGUGGGGCAUCCUCCAUGUUCCUCUGGAAAGCAACCACCUGUGACCAUUACGUAUGCAAGAAGUGCUUACUGAACAAGGAACCUUCGCAAGCGCCCCGAUGUACCCGCUGCAACGGAAGCAGCCUCUUGCUCUGUCCUGGUUCAAUAUUUGGCUGCAAGUAUCAGACGGCCAUCCCUCAUAACUGUGUGGACCACCUUCGCACCUGCCCUCGACGCCCGACGCCGUGUCCCAACAAGUGUUCUUCCAUUGUCUCCAACACCGACCUGCCAAAACACUUGACCGCUGAGUGUCCCAGGCGUAGCCAGGAGUGCCGUUUCUGCCACGGGAACUAUUUCGUCUCCGAGAUUGGGAGUCACUUUAAGGACUGUCAGGAUUAUCCGGUCACAUGUCAGUACUGCAACCAAGAGAACAUUAGACGCGGCAGCUUAGAGGAACAUGGCGCCGGUUGCCGCAAAACACCGAAACUUUGCAAGAUGGCCGCUUUGGGGUGCACAUUCAAGGCAGGUGAUGACGAAAUGGAAUCUCACUUGACGCUCGAGAAUCACGCGAUGUGCAUGCAUGAGAUGAAGGUGCAAAUGAACAGCCUGGAAGCGGAAAUCCGCCAGUUGCGUGAGGAGUGCAGUCGUGAGAAACAAGAACGACAGAAGGAAGAGGAGAAACAGAAGAACGAACUCAAAAUUCAAGACGAGGAGCUCCGAAAGCUUCGGAAGGACUUUGAAGCAUUGCUGCGACAUUGGCCCGAGCUGCGAUAAUGCGUGAGAGGAACUUUUCUUGACGGCAUACUGAUAAAUUGCGCCGCUGAAGCUCCACAUCGCUUUUUCUGAUCCCUCCCCCCUUUUUUAUAUAACUAGUCGAGUACGUAACCGUGCGACAGGUAUAAAAAUAUACCUCCGUGCAAUACUAGUGUAUUAUAACCAAGUGGUUAAAUGCGGAAUAAUUUUCUAGUACUUCCGAAAAUGAUUCUCGCUUACGUUUGGAAUACCAUCGUGAAUUGCCUGCGCAGAAUUGCUUGGAGUGUUUCCUGCAAGACCCCUGCAUAGUAUAGGACCCGUCGAUUGCGUUUGGGACAAUAUUUUCUGUCGUGGCUCCCAACGGCUAUACUGUCCACGUUAGUAAAACAUUUUUUCCAUUUUUUCAAAAGGUUGCAUUGUUGCAACCUUUGUGCUUUGUAUUAUGAUACGAUGUGAUGUACAAUAUAUUAUCGGAGCAUAAUACGUCACCUAUGAACAUCUUUUGCUUUAUGGUACGAAAAGUCCUGUAGGACAAGUACUGCAAUAAACUUACAUGUUUGACAGCCAAGCUUAUAUCUCUCAAGAAAACAUUUGCACCACAAAACGUGCAGGACCUCAUGAAUGUUUCCAGUACAGUUAUCCUACUCCUUUUGUGAGGUGGCGAUCCAAAUUGUCACAUUUCGCGUACUCUGCGAUAUCACCAAAGUAUUUAUUAAAUACAUUAGCGAUAGC